CGUCUCUCGUAUCCCCCUCGCUCACCGUCCGAACCAGCCCGACGCAUACACACGAGCCAGCACUCUCUGACCUCAUCAUGCCUGACGGUUCCUUCGCACACCCCCAGCAGCGUCAGUUCAACCCAUACACCGACAACGGUGGUACCAUCCUUGCCAUCGCUGGUGCAGACUUCACCGUCAUUGCUGGUGAUACUCGCCAGAGCGAGGGCUACAGCAUACAGACCCGCUAUGCGCCCAAGGUCUUCCGGCUAACUGAUCGCGCCGUGCUCGCGGUAAAUGGCUUUGCUGCAGAUGGCAACAUGUUCGUCAAGAAGGUGAAGCAGCGACUUGAGUGGUAUCGACACGCACAUGCAAAAGACAUGCCCCUCCAUGCCAUCGCCCGCCUGAUCCAGACCAUGCUCUACGCUCAGCGUUUCUUCCCUUAUUAUGUCUACAACAUCCUCGGUGGUAUCGAGGAAGAUGGUUCCGGCGCCGUCUACUCCUUCGAUCCCGUAGGAUCAUAUGAACGUGAAGCAUGCCGAGCCGCGGGCGCCGCUCAAUCCCUAGUCCAACCAUUCCUGGACAAUCAGAUAUACUUCAAGAACCAGAAAGCGGCGGCUGGCCAAUCGCACCCGGCGCACCUGCCGCUGUCGGAUGUUCUUGCUAUCGUCAUUGACUCGUUUACGAGCGCAACAGAGCGUCAUAUCGAGGUCGGUGACGGUCUCGAAAUCUAUGUUGUCGUUGCGAAGGGCCGCAGCCCACAAGGGCUCGAGACCAUGCGGAACGUGCAGGAACUGAGCACACGGCCUGAUGGGGACCGCAUGUUCAUCCUCCGGAGAGAGCUAAAGAAGGACUAAGGCCAUCGGAGACCUGUGCGUGGACUCCCUGCCCCCGUUCUCUUUGUACACCACGAUUUCGAGGACAUCUUCUCUCAAUGGACGUUCUGUUCCCCUUCUUCCUUCGCACGCGCACGCACUCAAUCGAGUACUACGAAACGCGGGGCUUAGCCCCCCUGUCCUGGAUUGCUGCAAUUGGAACUCGCGCUACGCUGGAAUGGGCAUCCCCAACGCCUGCUUGCCGUCUUGUGUCGUUACGCUGUAGCUGCUCCUCCCCACCUCUACGCGGUCUUUAGAGUGCGCGCGCGGUGGGAGUAAUGUAUCAGUAUCAUUCGUCGUCGUCGCCGCUGUCUUGUCAUGUCAUAUAGCUAGAAGCCAGAGCAGUAAUGUAAGCCCCUUAUCUACC